CCUAAGCCGGGGUUUGUUUGUUUUCAAUUUAACAUUCGUGCUAUACUGUUUUAAUAAAUUAAACAUUUUAAAGUUUUGAUAAAUUGAAUACGAUACGAUGGCCACAGCAUAUCUAGCUCAGAAAUUGAUGACAUUAAAGCUUGACAAAGUCGAAGUGGACAAUAUUAGACAAAUAAGAAACAGCGUUUUGAAGGAAAAACGAAAACUUGCAGUGUCAAUAAAGCAGAUAGUAAAUCAACAGAAAUGUCAUAAAACAUGCAGGCUCUGUCUUCGACCAGGAGAUCAAAAGAUUUGCGGCGGUCUCGAUGAUUCUCAAUUCAUUGCUAAAGACAUCAAAUAUGUUACAGGCAUAGAGGUCCUAGUGAAUGAUGGAAAACCGCAGCACAUCUGCAAUACUUGUAUGGAGAACCUCCAAACAGCUGUGAACCUUAAGAAAACAGCUGAGAUCACCCAGUGGAGAUUGCAAAAGGAAUGUGAAAUAGUUAAUGAACAAGAAAUAGAGGAUUUAGUUAAUACUAAUCCUCCAGCACACAAGAAACAUCAUAAUAGUUAUUUUGUAGAGAAAGUAUCACAGAUUGUUAGGGAGUGGAGGUGUAAGGAAUGUAAUAAUACUUUCCAAAAUGAGGCCGAGUUUACAGGACACGUGUGCCUUCGCUCCUGCAACUUCAUGUGUGAGGUGUGCGGAAGUAAGCUGAAGACAAUAGGCAGGCUUAAAAGGCACAGAUUAACCCACCAUAAAGGAGAACGUCCCCACAAAUGUAGAUACUGUAGCUUCUCAGCAUUCACGCGAUACGACAUACAGAUACAUGAACGUUGGCACACAGGAGACCGUCCAUUUCAAUGCAACAUUUGCUCCUGUACAUUCACUUGCAAGUCUACAUUGUGGAAACAUCGGAAGACACACGAACCACCAAAAUUUCAUUGCAAACUGUGCCCACGGAGUUUCAGAUUCAAGCAGGUUUUACGAGAUCACAUAGCCAAUUUCCACACCAAACUGAUGACUCAUCUGUGCAAUUAUUGUGAUAAAGCUUUUGCUACCAGAAGGAAGAUGCUGAAACACGAGAGAAAAGUACACAAGCGCCCUAACUUGAGAUCUGUUAUAAAGAAAGAUCCAUCGCUGAAGAAUGUUGCAUAGCUGACUGUCCUUCUACAAAACUAGAAAAAGGAUGUAGUUUACAU